AUGUCUUCCGCUGAACAAAAACCGCAGCGAGACAUCACCAUCGUGGGCGGCGGCAUCAUCGGCUGCUCCACCGCAUACUUCCUCACUCGCCACCCAUCAUACUCACCGUCAAAUCACCGCAUCACUCUGCUCGAGGCCGCGGCUACCAACAGCGGCGGCCGUACCGAGGACAGCAUCACGGAUCCUGGCACCCUCGCCGACCCAUCGCGGGCGCAGAAGCUCAACCCCGCACACAACGGCAUCGCGGGUGGGUCCAGCGGCAAGGCCGGCGGGCUGCUUGCCAAGUGGGCGUUUCCGUCUAACAUUGUGCCGCUCAGCUUCAGGCUGCACGACGAGCUGGCCAAGGAGCACGACGGCGCCGCUCGGUGGGGCUACCGGAGGUGCUACGCCAGCCAGGUCGAGUGCAGGGCCCGUAUGCCAGCGGGGAUAGGGGGGAAGGCCUCGAUCGACGCAGAGCAUGAUACUGCGAAGACUGAGGGUGUGACGAGAGGCCUGCACAAGGACCACAGGAAGACGAUCGACAAACUGAAGACGCUCGGCGCGCCUGAGGACCUGGAUUGGCUUGACACGGAGCACGCGCUGGCUGCUUACGAUGGCAUGGGUACACCCGAUGACACGGCGCAGGUGCACCCCGAGCUGUUCACGCGGAGCAUGGCGCAGCUUGCCGAGGAGAAGGGUGUCAAGAUCGUCACCGGUGCAAGGGUCACGGCCAUCACCAAGGGGAGUAAUGGCCACGUGGAGAGUGUGACCUACACCAAGAACGGGAAGGAAGAGCAGCUACCCACGACCGACUGCAUCGUCGCCGCCGGGCCGUGGACAGCGCGACUCCUCCCAAACAUCCCCGUGACAUCGUCUCGCGCCCACUCGAUAGUCAUCAAGACGCCGAAGCCCGUCUCAUCAUACGCACUUUUCACCUCCAUCGCCCUGCCACCCGGCUUCUCCUUACCAACCCAAAAACAGCCGAUCAAGAGGACCCAGAUGGUCGAGCCAGAGAUCUACGCCCGCCCAGACGGCACCGCUUACGCGUGCGGGCCGACCGACACCACCGUCAAGCUGCCCCUGACCACCGCCGAAGUCGAAGUCGAUCCGGCGCGGUGCGACGACAUCGCCUCCCAGGUUGGCGCUAUCAGCGACGAGCUUGGCAUGGACGGCGAGAUUCUUGCGCGCCAGGCUUGCUAUUUGCCGCAGGGAGGGCCAUUCAUUGGGCCGGUGCCGGGGCACAAGGGCGUCAUUGUGGCGGCUGGGCACACGUGCUGGGGCAUCCAGAAUGCCCCUGGGACGGGGAAGCUGGUUAGCGAGAUUGUGUAUGAUGGCAAGGCUGUCAGUGCACGAUUGGGCGGUUGUGACCCUUCAACGGUUGUUUAG